AUGUCGUCUGAAAUCGAACGGCUACAGCGCCUUCUAGCGGAAACCGAACAGCAGCUUUCCGCCUCUCAACAGCAGCUUUUAGCUUCUCAACAGCAAUCCUCCAAAACCAACCUCCCUACGUUUCUUGAUGGCCUCCACAAGCAUCUUUUUCUCAACCUUGGAGUGCAGCUGGAUAAGACAAAGUCGACGCGUGGCGAUCCCGUAAAUGCGACCAACAAGCUUCGCCCCCGCAAACUUAGAGCUUGGGAUUCUUUCGCCGGCGAACAAGAGGAAGUCUGGCGAUUGCUGAUGGAUUCUUCGCUUAUGGAAGAUAAAUUAUUCACUUCCCUGCAUACUUUGGAAGAGAUGGGUGAAAAUACCGUUGAAGACCACAUUUCGAGAAUCAUUGAAGAGCUCUACAAGGAUCCAGAACUUCGACAAACUUUCGGUCUGAGAGGGUCUAUCCGUUUCGAAAACCAUUCCAAUACACUGAGCCCAGAACGAGACCUGGAAGAAGCCUGCCCGGAGAAGACGCCUGAGUCUGAAAUUCCCCAACCAGUAAUCAAACGGCCUCAAGCUGACCAGUUCUGCGUCUAUAAUAUUACAAACGAAUCCUCUGAAUCAACACGUGGUGUCGCUGCUUAUAUCAAAGAGUAUAAAUCUCCACACAAGGUGACUUUGGGCCAUAUAUACGAGGGAUUAGGAGAUAUGGACGUGGAUGAAGUGAUAGAGAAGAAGCCCAAGGAGCCUCUGAAAUCUCGCUUCCAGCGAGCUGUUAUUGGACUCCUCUCGCAGCCUUUUGACUACAUGAUACGUGCUGGUACGCAGGUCGGAGUCUUCAGCACUGGCGAAGCCGAUAUCUAUCUACGAAUUGGCGAUGACCCUUCAACACUUUUCUACCACCUUUCCGUGCCAAAAGGAGACGUUGGAGAUGAGACAGGAUGGGACCCUCACUCGGAUUGCCCCAAUCGCUUACACUUGACUAGCGCAGGUCAAUCUCUCGCCUUUACUCUUCAAGCGCUUCGUAAGCGGCCCCAGAAUCAGGCUUGGCGUUUGCAAGCAAUCGGUAAUUUACCGAAGUGGAAAAUUGUACUUGCGGACAUUCUGAACGAUAUUUCUUCUGAUGACGUUCCAUCUUCCGAGUAUCGUCCGCCAAAAACGAACAUCUCCUUCCUGCGAUCUCCAAUCCAACUACGUCGCAGGAGGCCCAAAUUCAACACGGAUGGUUAUCGACCUUCGAGCACGCAUAAUAGUAGUUCUGAUAACGACGGGGAUGACCCCAAUACACCAAGCCGGGGUCCACGUAUCCCUCGGGGUGUCGCAAGAAGCCAACGACCAGCAACCGACCAACAGUCUGACCAAGCUGAGCCAGGCUCAUUUCACGAGGAUAAUCAUCGACGCUACUGCACAUUAAAAUGUCUACGCAGCCUGGUAAAUCGAAAGGGAUUGGACAGGGAGUUAGACCGGGAUUGCCCCAAUGUCCAUAAUCAUGGAAAAACGAAGCAUGUUUUGACCGUAAAAUCCUCCAUCAAGCGGUUGCAACGUCAAUUAUCCGAGACCGUCAAUGAAGACUGUGAGACACUUGGUAUCCACGGCUCUCGAGGUGCUCUUCUGAAAGUGACGCUCUCAUCACAUGGGUACACCGUGCCUGCGAAAUGCACAAUCCCAGAGUUCCGCGACUACCUUCGCCAUGAAGCAGCUGUAUACAACAGCCUUCGACCGCUCCAGGGGAUAUACGUUCCCCUACACCUUGGAAGCAUCGAUCUAGUCCACCCAUACAGCUACGAUGGGAUUGCCUACCUCAAGCAUAUGAUGCUACUGAGCCCAGGCGGGCUCCCUCUUAGCGUAGCAGCUAGAGACUUAGAUCAAAAUAUUCUAAUCUCCAAGUUGAAAGAGUCCCUAUCAGCGAUUCAUAAGCAAAACGUCAUUCAUAAAGACCCGGCCCCGCGCAAUUGGUUGUACAAUCCAGAAAGCAAAAAAGUGGUGAUUUUUGACUUUGAAAGGGCUGAAAUUAUCAACCCACGCUCGAUAUUGAGCCUGAUUUCACCGAACCGCAAACGCAAACGAAUUACACUCGAUAAGGAACGUCCAGGUCCAGGAUUUGUGAAGGAAAUAAACGAAGCGGUGUCUGAGUUGCGGGGCUUCCGUCUACCGCCACCUAAACAUGUCGUUACCUCGGAGCAAAGUCUGGCUUCCACCCGCCGCGAUGCCACACGCCUUCCUCCGUCGUCAUCCGCCCGGCGAGAGUCUGCACAACAACAACAUCAACGGCCAGCGUUCUUAACAGAUCCGAUAAACCCUGCGACUGUUGGCAUGAAGCAGCGCGUUGGAUUAAAUGCGCCAUUUGCGUAUGCGGCAUCCAUGAACGGGCUGGCGGUGGCCGCCGCAAAUAACCAUGACCAUUACGACGAUGAUGAUAACGAUAGCUCCUCUCCGACCUCGACAAUUGUCCCUCCUUCGCCAGCCACUUCUCGUCGCGCCUCACUCGUGCCUGAAAAAUUGACAACCAAUAAUACCACUCCACCUGACACUGUUUCUGCUGAAAACAACAACAACAUCGACAACGACAACGACAAUGACACCGCAGAAGAAACAGAAGAAGACACCACCACUUCCACAUCCACCUCCUCCCGCCCCUCAAAACUACACCCCCGCGUCGCCGUGAUCCUCGGCGUAGACCGUAAAUGGUAUUUACCUCUGGUCGUCUGCCGCGCACUCAGCGUCGUUCCAGCACUAUGGUGGGGACUGCGCUGCGCAUUCACGUUUCUCGCAGAGCUGUUACGCAUCAGACCAGGCAUGUGGCGAGAGGGCUGGGUUGCGAUUAUCGUGGGCAGUGCGGCGGCGGAUUGGGAUGUUGAGAGACGGUUCCGCGUGACAGAGGUUGCGUUGGCGAUUAUGUGGUGCUGUGCGUCUGCGUAUCUUUCGUAUUUCUUCAUGGACUGCAUGAUGUCUCGCUGGCUUCUGAACUACAGUCCCCCAGCAGUACUCAUCCGUCUCCUCGCAACCAACGGGCUCAUCGCAUAUCUCACUUCGUCCGUCCUCUUUCUGUCCGGCGCCUCGGUCGACCCUCGCCUUUUACUGCCAGCCUGGAUAUCCAUAACCACCACGCUGACAUUCCUCUACCACGCAACCCAAAACCACGCCAUGAUCAAACGCGAAACAACAGCCUCGCUCUCUGUGCUCUCCGUCGCUAGUUAUAUUAGCAUGUCCCUGCUACUUUUGCAAAUGCAUCUGACGCGCGAUAAUGAGCCGCAGGUGCCGGCUUUUGUAAUGGGACAGAGGGUUUUGGAUUGGAUUACUUAUACUUCUUCUUCUGCUGCAACGAGCACGGCGGUGUCGGAAUUGUGA